AUGUCCCACUACCCGCCCACUGCUGCGGACACGCCCGCCGAGCCAUCCGUCAUCGCACAACCAGCGAACACCCCUGAUCCCCUCAAGCCGGCUACAGACCGAGACAUCCAGACCAAUGGUCAUUCCACUGCCACACCGGACGCCCCUCAGCCCUCGUCCGAGCAGCCACCUCUCCCGCCCGAUGGGCCUGUCCCACCAUCCCCUUCAGCCGGUGACGAACCACCACCCUCCCUGCCUCCCAGUGCCAUCCCCAGCGCUGUCCCCACGCCGGAUGUGAUUACCCUUCCGGGGGAGGCCCAGCUGUCGGCGACUUCACCAGCCACGGCCGAGGGGCAAGCCCAGGGAAGCGCGGCGCCAGUGUCGACGUCAGCGCAGACGCAGGGGAGCGAGGCGAUGGAUCUUGAUACGCCCGUUUCUACGCAGAGCAUCAAACGGCCUGGAGAGGAUUUGGAACAGGAGAGGGAAGAGAAGAGGGCGAGAGAGGAAGAAGCGACUUUGGAGCAGCAGCAGGCACCUGCGGGGCAGCCCCCGAUCGACAUUAACGUUCCUCUUGUCGGGCCCGAUGGCCAGCCGCUGCCUCCACCUGCUUGGCUUUCAUACGUACCCCCUCCUCCCCGGCCAACCGGUCCCACCACGCCCCUCACGCUCACGCAGCACAAGUACAUUUUGAACGCUGUGCGAUCUCUCAAAAAGCGAUUACCAGACGCGUACAACUUUUUGGUGCCCGUCGACACUGUCCGGUUCAACAUUCCGCACUAUCACCAAGUGAUUGAAACGCCCAUGGACCUCAGCACUGUCGAGACCAAGCUGGUAGUGUCGGAUCCUCGCGGGCCGCCAAAGGACAAGAGCAAGAUGAGCAAGUGGGAUACGAGCAAGGGACGGUAUGGGAGCGUGGCCGAGGUGGCUGCGGAUGUACGGCGAAUCUGGGAAAACUCGAGAAAGUUUAACGGGGCAAACCACCCUGUGAGCUUGAGUGCGACAAAGUUGGAGGAGGCGUUUGAGAGGAGUCUGUACAAUCUGCCGCCCGAGCCCACUUUCGUGCCCCCUCCUCCUCCUGUCGCUACCCCCGGAUCCAGCGCUCAUGCCCGCCGGCCCUCCAUCUCCCAACCUCCCACCAUCCGCCGCUCUUCUGACGACACCCGCCCCAAGCGCGAAAUCCACCCUCCUCCUUCCAAAGACCUGGCCUGGGAAGAGUCUCCCGGCGGCGCGCGCAAACCAAAGCGCAGAAGCGACCCCCAACUCCAGUGGGCCAACCGUGUCAUCAAGUCUUUGGAAGCCACCACCAAAUACUAUGCCAUCGUCUCCCAUUUCCUCUACCCCGUUGAGCAGCUCGUCGCUCAACUUCCCGACUAUGCCACUGUGAUUAAAAGGCCUAUCGACUUGAACCAUAUCAAGCAAAAGCUGGCAGAGGGGUUGUAUGAUGAUGUGCAGCAGGUGGAUGAGGAUGUGAGGUUGAUGGCGAGUAAUGCGAUGAGGUUUAAUCCGGUGGGCCAUGAGGUGCAUACCAGCGCGACGCAGUUGCUGCAGGUUUGGGAUGAAAAGUGGAGGAGCCUGCCGCCCAAGGCGGAAACCAGGGAGAGCAGCGAAGACGUCGACUAUGAUGAUUACUCGAGUGAUGAAGACACUGUGCAAUUGCGAGCGCUUGAAGCCCAAGCUGCCAGCAUCAAUACGCAAAUAUCUUCUCUCCGCUCUAGAAUCAACAAACGUCGCACUUCUCGGGGCAACAAACGAGCCAACAAGCCCAAGGGCCACUCGCACAAACCCUCCGUAUCCAAGCACUCUCCCUCUCUCAACGGAGGUUCAUCUCAAAACAGAAAGCCUUCCAAGAAGAGCGGCGCCGCGCACGGGACUUAUAUGGAUGACCUGGAGAGCGAAGAUGAGGAUGAAGAGGACGAGGAGGAAGAGGUCGGUGAAGGGAUGUUGUCGCAUGAGCAAAAGCAAGAGUUGGCGGAAAAGAUUGGGCAAGCGGGGGCGCAGACUUUGCAGGAUGUUGUGGAGAUUAUUCAGCAGACCACCAACCUUGGAUCUGAGAACCAAGAAAUCGAGCUGGAUAUCGACUCGCUGCCUGCCGCUACCAUCUCUAGGCUGUACAAUCUGGUCUGUCGGGGUCAACGUGGUGGACAUGCGAAGCGCGGUCGUGGCGGUGGCAAGAAGGCUACAGGGACUGGGCGCAAGGCGAUGGGUGGUGUUUCUCGACGCAGCGUCAAUGAGCGCGAAGAAGCCGAGCGUAUUCGAAAGAUGGAGGCUCAGCUCCAGGCUUUCAGUGGUCAGGGAGCUGGGAUGCAGCUUGGGCAGCAGGCCGGAGCGCAAGGGGGCGCGAAUGGGUUUGAAGAGGACAGUAGCAGUGAAGAGGAGAGCUCGGAGGAAGAGUAG